GUUCAAGAAAGAAAAAUCUUCUUAGAGGUGCCGCUGUGUUUUUGGGACUGCUGUGUCUUUUACUGCUGACUGCAGCCAUCGCCCUGUUGGUUCUGUGGAUUUUGGAUAAAAGCAACUGGAACACUAGGAGAAACCAGCUUCAGGAAGAAAAGGCAAAGCUGAUCAGUGAGAGUAACGACCUACAGAUAAGUUAUGCUAAAAUGAAAAUCCUCAAUUCCAACCUGACCCAAAACAUAAGCCGAUUACAGAAUGAGAAAGACAUUUUGAAGGCCAACCUCACAGAAGAGAUAGAUAAAUUGAAAAAACAGAUUGAGCCGCCCUGUCCUGCCAACUGGACAAAGUUUGGCAGAAGUUGUUAUUUUCUUUUCACUUUAAAAAAAACUUGGAUGGACAGUAAAACAUUUUGUCCAGAUUCUGCAAUGGAUUCACACCUGGUGAUAAUAUCUACUAUUGAGGAACAGAUGUUUGCCAGCACAUUAAAGGGUCCUUUCUGGAUUGGUCUAACUGAUCGAGAAAAGGAAGGUGAAUGGAAAUGGGUCAAUGGCCAAAACGUCACCAACACAUACUGGAAAUACAAACAGCCGGAUAAUGCCAAAUCAGACGAACACUGUGUUGAACUUGCUGGAGAAAACCCCAAAUCAAACUGGAAUGAUUUGAAUUGUGAUCGCGAACGUCACUUUAUAUGUGAGAUUGAAAACUAAAUAAGCUGGUGUUUGGUGUCCUGCUCAACGAUAUUUCAGCUUCCAGUCUGGAGAAGCAAAGGAUUAGACUGUCAUGGUCCGGAGUCUGUGGACUCCGUGUUUAUGUUUUAGUUUAUUAAUCUUCUAUGGUUUUGUUUAUUUUGGGUUGUUUUCUAUGAUUAUCCCUAAUGUUUUGUGUCCUUUGUACUCUCCUGUUCCACGUUUAACGUUCCUAUGUUCUGUCUCCCCAGUCUGUUAAGUUUGCGUGUGUAGAGUUCAUUUAGUGUGUUUCCUGUUUUAUUUUGAAGGUCCGUGUCUCUUGUCAGUGUUUCUAGUUUCGCUUCCCCUUGUCUCGUUAUGUCCAAUUAAUCCCAGCUGUGUCUCCCUCCUGUCUCCCAUUCCCUGAUUGCCCUGUGUGUAUUUAAGCCCUUUGUUUCCUGUGUGCGUUGCUGGUUUGUCUGUGUGGUCUCCCUGCAUCUGUCGAUGUCUCCCUGCAUCUGUCGAUGUCUCCCUGCAGCUCCAUUUGUGUCUCAAGGUUUCAGGUUUGUUUUAUUCUUAGUUUUCCCAGUUUAGGUUUUGUCAGUUCUGUUCUCGCCACCCUGACCUUUUGUUGUAUGUCAUCCUCCUCAAUAAAGCUCACUCACAUCAG